AGAUUUUAGAUACUGGUGGAGACUAUGACUACAUGAUUAUAAGAGAGAUUACGAACAGUUUCUCCACGAGAUCAAUGUUGAUAGUCACAAGUCCUACCGAUUUUUCAUGAAGAUGGAUGAGCAAGAAUGUCGUGCUACGUCAUGGUUGUCCUCGAGUCUCGCUCUUUUCCGCUCCCUAGAGACGCAAACUGUCAUGGAUCCUCGGACAUCACCGACAAACGACGGUUGGAUAGAUCUGCGGGUUUGAUUGUGACGUAAGCAGAACCAGAAGAAGCCAGGCAAACGCAAGUGCAAAUUACAGCUUUCAGAUUAUCGCUUCCAUCAACAUCUUCUUUGGUUUGUACUGAGUUGGUUCUAUCAGAAGUGCUGCGACUAGGGCGUGAAGAAUCGACGGGGAUCUGUGAGUAGGACGAGUAUAAGAACCAAGGCAGAUUUUCUGCGAAGAUGUUGCAUAUUUCCAGAGCCUGUCUCGGGCCACCGAAAGCGCCACGCAAUUGCUUUUUCCCGUGGUUCAACUUUGUCCUGGUACGAUCGGGUGCAUAUUUGGAACCAAACAGGAUCGCUUUUCGGGUACCGGUCCACGUGACGAAACCCGAAAUCCGUGAAUAUUUGCGGAAAAUCUACGAUACCAAAGUGAUCAAAGUAAAUACCUACAUUCAUAUUCCGAAAAUAAAACGAAACACUUUCGGCGAUUUCAUAAAGUUAAGGCAACAAGGAUUAUACUUGUACUCACUAGAGAUGGUUGUGAUAGCAAAAUAACUGAAGUUGGUCAAUAAAACUAUCCUCAUUAUCAAUACGAGGUGCAUGUGUUUUGAUUAAGUAGUUGAAUUCCACGUGGUGCGCUCGCGUGUACGGCAAUUCCAAUGGUUGUUAGAUAGUAGUUGCGCCCUUCUGAGUUGAGAACUGCACAGCGCGAAGCCAACAUAUACGGCUUGUUCUAUUGUUAAAGCGAUUUUAUUUUCAAAUUCGGGAUACCCCUAAAGAGGACAACAAUUUGCCUUAGUUGAACUGGCUUUUCUAACAAACCAGGGAGGCAUUUACAAGAAAGCGAUUGUGACCUGUGAAGAAGUGAUCCCGGAUGAAGUAAAGAUGUUCGUAAAUUCGAGAAAACCCAGGAUGAAUCCAGCAAUAACCAAGUACGAUACACCGAAAUGGAUUGCCAGGAAGAAGUGGUGGUCGAAGAAUACUGUCCGACCGGGGGUCAACAGAAUUAUGUCCCGACGUUUUCCUUUUCUUUAGAAUUUACCAGAGUCUUAAUGGAAGGUAAUAAUACAGCCGUAUCCUUUUAUCCUCGAUGUACUUAUUUGCCUUUGGUCAGAAGCCGAAGCCAAAAAAAACCUCUGAAAGCACCUCACCAAGCACAGGUGUGAGGAAGCUAAUCUUCUCUGUCAGUUUCGAAGUCUUCAUCUAAUGUUUGCAUGGACUGGCUGCCCCGACAUCCGCAGGCGCACGCCGAAGUAAUUCCGACGCUUCUCCGUGGGGAUGAUUUCCCACCACCGUUGCCGAAAACAGAGAAGAUGGAGCCGCAGCGGCAUCUGCCGCACCUGCAUCAGGGAGGCCCAUUUCUCCCCGACGGCGUUCCGCAGCAGAUCUUUCCAAGACCAGACCUGACUGUGCUGCGCGGGCGCCACGAGGCCGCGAGAAGAAGCAGGACCUCGAACUCGGAUGGAGUUCACGUACCAGCGGAGAUGCGGAUCAACGAACGUGUGGAUUAAAGACGAGAACCCUGAAAACCAGCUGACUUUUCUCUGAGUUGCAACCGAAAAUACUAGCAGACUGUACUGAAUUCCCAAGAUGGGACCGGUGCCUGGUUGAAGUACUUACAACUAGUGAUGCUCUUCUUGUAUAAGUAUGUGACGCAAAUAAGUACAUAGAUCAGCCUUCUUAUGUAAUGAAGACUCA